CCGACUACCACUUCCCACUUCCAACGGUUUCUGAGCCAUCCAGAAUAUUUGAGCCAAUUCAUAGUCAGGCGACCACGGUCCACUUGAGCUUACAAUUUUGAGUAUUCAGCACUCAAGAUGUAUCUAGUUCCCAACGGGGAAGAAUCGAAGUCAAGCAGGUUAAAGCUUCUCAACAAUGGUCCAGCGAAAUCAUUCGAAUCGAGUCCGUCUGACUCGGGAUGGGGGACUGGAUCGGAAGGUGACGCCCAUGAUCCUCAUAAAAUUGGUAAGGAGAAAACUGAAAGUUUAUUGGGAAAGGCCGAUUCGAUUAUUGACCAAAUAGGAGGUAUUUUGAAAAUUUCAUUCGAUCGAAAUCGCAACCAUCCCGGCGUUGUCGUUCUCACUCUUGAUUAUGCCUCUUCUGGCUUAGAAUCCUGGGAGUCUGAAUUUUUUGCUCAGGUUGAACCCAUCAAAGAGGAUUUCAAAAAACUCGCCCAUCGAGUUCGAAAUUUGAUGCUUACUGAGGCUUCCAUUUCCCAAAAUUUGAGCAACUUGGUAGAGGCCUCUCACUCGAAUGACCGAGAGUUGAGGAAUGAGAUUACUGGAAAUUUUGGAGAAACAUUGGAACAAGCGGUCAAAAUGAAUAAAAAGGACGAAUUUAUUGAUGAUCUAGCUUCUCUAAAAGCCAAAAAUGUGGAGGAAAUGGACAACUUCAAGGAAGAUUUAGCAAGGGAGACAGCGAGUUUUCCCGGUAAGAUACAAACCGCAAAGAGUACGAAGGCCGAGCAGAAGCAAGUCCAGUUGAAGUUGGCCAAGAUCUUAGCUGAUGGUCUACCCUGA